AUGGCGAUAACAGCUUUCUGUUGUCAAAGGUUGCGUUGUCUGUCUCUCUCUCCUGCCCUUUUUGCCUUAGUGUCCCACGCACAGUUAUCUACAGCUACAACAUGUGUUUUCUCCGAGUGGAUUUUGGGGAUAGGGGGGUGGCAAGAAAACCAGAAGCCCGCCACGCAGAUCUGUCACCGCCUCCGGAACAAGGCACAACUCUCCAAGAGGGGGACGCAUCCUAGGGAUACGCGCGUCCACCAGCGAGCGGCAGACGCUCGGGCCCCUUUCUCAGCCUCUACUCUUCCCCCCACCCCCACCCCCCACUUCUGCGUCUGCCCCACUGAACGCCCUCCUCCCGCUCCUCCUCCCCACCUCCCCUCCCCAGCCAAGUACGGAAACCCGCCGGGGCUGGGCAGCCGUGGCUCCCGGCAACCCGCGCCCUCGCGGGGCUCCGCGCACUCAGUUCUUGUCCGACCCCAAUCCCUCAGUCCCAGCUCAGUGAAACUAACCCUGAAGCUGCCCGGAAGGGCAAGAGCGGAAGGCGCUGGGGACCGGCGGCCGGGCCCGGGGUUCCUGCCCCUGCCCUCUCCUGCUCCCCAACAGAGACCUUCAUGACUGGAAAAAUCUGCCUGGAGAGGCCAGAGCCUAGAAGCCAGUGAAAAGAAUGCCUGGCACCUUUCCUGCCAGCUCCUUCACACCUGGUCCCAAAACUCCCAGGAGUGCUCCUUGACCUCAGAGGCCCAACGGGUAAACCCAGACUGGUGUUUCUAUACUAGACAAGAGUCAAAUCUC